AUGUCCCACAACCUUAAAAUUAUAUUCCCGUUGCUAUUGUCUUUCAAAGCACCCUUCUCUGCCUCCCAUCCUCUAAUCCUCACCUUAAGACUCUUCCUUCCUUCGGUUUCCGGCAUCUGGGACGCUCUCACCUGCGGCAACAACAUUGCCCGCGAAGCCCUUCUCGUAAUUCGACGCGGAAUGUCUCUCUUCCGCCAGGGUGAUGUUUUGGGGUCUCUUGUGAGUUCGACAAGGCAAUUCAGUUGGACCCUCGUCAAAAGGGGCUUAUCACUUUACUACCUUAAUCGAUUUGAAGAGGGAGCUGAGCAGUUUCGGUUAGAUGUUGCACAAAAUCCAAAUGAUACGAAAGAGUUUAUAUGGUGCUUUCUGUGUGAAGCUCAACUGUUUGGAGUGGAUGAAGCAAGGAAGCGAUAUCUUGAGGUUGGCAGAGACCCAUGGCCGGUUAUGCGAGAAGCAUAUAACAUGUUUAUAGAUGGUGGGGAUCCUGAAAAGCUUGUAGCUGCAUUCUCUGGUAGCAGAGAAGGUGAAUAUUUUUAUGCUUCAUUAUAUGCUGGGCUUUAUUACGAAUCUGAGAACGAAACAGAUGCUGCUAAAGUUCAUAUAGUUGCUGCAUGCCAGUCUCCUUAUGGGCAAAGGUUCACUGUCCCUGCCGAAAUUGGGUCUUCAACUAAAACUUUUUUCAGUGUCCAUUGUGCACGAUGAAGCUCAUUCAUAAGUUUCUCUAUACACUACUCACAGCAUCUAUAGUGAGUUACUGUGCUUGCUACUGGAACGGUUAAACAAAUUUAUCAUAUUCCUUUACCUUUUUCACUUGAUUUUGUGGCCUAUAUGAAUAUUAGUAGAUUCUGGUAGAAAGUUUUUAAACAUGAAAUUUCUUUUAAUAGUGAAAUCAUCUUUAGAUGAGUAAACUACUAUUUGGUUUCUAAAAGGUUGAUUUUGCACCAGGCUAGUCUUCUAAUUUAGGUAAGCUUAUUACGUCCAUAUUGAAAUUUAACUCAACCAUAACUUGAGGACCUAUUAUUCUUCUAUGGAUUAGGGCAGUGUCUCUUAUGCUACGCUUGUCGGAAAUGGCUCUAAGUCUAAGGAUCAAUCUUGUGAAAUUUUUUGUGCAUGCUUAAUGAACUUUGUGUCAGAUCUGGUGCAUCACAACUUAUUGGGGUUGAUGCACCAAAAGGUUCUCCUUAUGGAUCAACUAUUGAGGUUGAUCGUGUUGGAAUAGUAGGGCUUAAUUCUUGUGGGCUACAGUCCUCGAGAGAGGGGUCCAUAACAAAUUCUAAUAAUCUACAUGUUCGUUGUCCCUUCAACUAAAAAAAAAACGGCCUUCUAGUUCCCCACCCUCAAUUUUAAAUACCAACAAUAUCUCUCUUUUUUUUUGUUAUGUACUUAUGUACUCCUAUCAUUCUUUUUUUUGAAAAAAUAUGGAAAGAAACAGAAAUAAACUAGUGGUUUGAAUCCAUUGCUCAUGAUCAAUACCUACAACUAUUGUCUUGUAAGGAUUAUAAUGAUUGUUUCCUGUUUAGGUUUGGUGGGACGCCAUAGUGACUUGCAAGUAUUUAGGUAUUGAUUUCUUUUAGUGAGUUGUAUUUAGGUAUUGAUGAUGAUGAUGAUGUGAAGUACCACAAACAUAUCAAUAUUUUUAUCUGGAGGAAAUUUGAAACUUCAAAGGAGAGUAAUGACAUUGGCGCUGGGUCACAUGAUUGAGUAUAUAAGCUAAAUACAUAUCUAAUAACUUCUGGUUGAACAUAACUUGAUGUUACGAGACUCGUUGAGACAUGAGGGGUGAGAUUGUUUUUCAAGCAAUACUUUUUUUUAACAUGUUUUUCAAGCAAAACCGAUUGCAAAGUGUAAUUAUGUAAUCAGGAUUUUGACACAUUAUAUGACUGAUCCAGCUAAUCAUAUUUUCAAUAUUUAUCCAAUUGUCUUAGCCUGCCAGUGGCUGCUUUUCUA